AUGAUGGCCCGCAGCCUAUCUCGCAAACUCAAAAUUGUUGUGGGGCCCGCGCUGUCUUUGCCCGCGAGAGGAGAAGAAUUUGGCAGCAGCAAAACAGACACUGUUGGAGACUCAGCUUUUAUGCCAGUCGAAGGCCUUGGGCACUGCAGCAGCAACAGCAGCAGCAGUAGCAGCAGCAGAAACGGCAGCAGCACGGGUGCUUUCAGUGGUGCAACGUCGGCAGACGCAACAGCAGCAGCAGCAGCUGUUGAGCCGCCAGUGCAGCAACAGCAGCAGCAACAGCCGUUGCGCCGCCAGUGCAGCAACACAGCAGCAGCAGCAGCAGCAAACGUUGAGCCGCCAAGUGCAGCAACAACAGCAGCGGCAGCUGGAGUUCUAACGGCAGCAUCUGCUGCAGCCGCGGCAGCAACAACCGCAGCAGCAGGAGCAGAAGCCACGGCCUUAGCAGCAGCAGUAGCAGCUACAGCAGCAGCAGCAACAGCAGCACCGUCAACAGACGUCCGCGUAGCAGCAGCAGCAACAGCAGCAGCCGCAAAUGCAGCUGCUCCUCUUGCUGCAAAACUGGUGCAACAUAUCUGCAACCUCAGCAGCAGCAGCAGCAGCAGCAGCAGCAACUUACUGCUAGGUCAACAAGCGAAUCGCCCACCCUGA